AAAUUGGUCGUGGCCGGAUAAAGCAGGAAAAUCCGGACACACGGUGCCAAUCGCGUCUAUCGGCAGUCUUGACACUGUUCACUCCACCGUGGCCUGGCUGUCGGUGUCGCCAUGACGUGACGGGCAUUGCGACAGGACCCUUUGCGCGCCGAAAUGACGUGGUGGCUGCUCCAGCGCCAUCUGGUGCACACUGUGCUCAUCCCAUGCGACGAGAGACGUGCGGAUGCUCGACCUAUCGACUCCUUCACCAUCGCGUAUUGUCAGAGUCAUUCUUGCCUUCGCGUGACCCCUUACAGGGCGGUAUUUGUAAGACGUUGCCGACAAGCAGGAUGGGACACGGGCGCAACCCACGAUGCAAGGGCAACCGCGGCGGGUCUCAGCCGUCACGGCGGUCGGGAAACCCUUCGGGGCUUCUUGUUGCCGACACGCUGGGCAGUCAGGACUAUCGUAGUUAGCGGAGGCGGGCCAUGUCCGAGGGGUUGCCGGUCGUGUAUGCCACGGAGCAUGGGAAGCUGUCGCGAGGAUUGCGCUGCAUCGCUGACCGAUGGCAUGCCGGCCCCCAAGCCACGUGCAUUGAAGCCUCCUUCAAGGGAUCAACGUGCGAUGCUAGUCUGUGGGCCGAUGUCUCGGUGCUCUCUUGCUAUCAAUGAUGCGACGGCUGUGAGGUCUCGGGUGGGCCGGCCAGAUGAGCUCGCCAUAUCCCGUCAGAAGGCCCGGGCCAUCCAGACCUCUCUGAGGCCACCGUUGUUGGGUGCAUGCUAUCGCAUCUCCACUAUCCGUCGGUGGAGGGACCCCUACGAGCCGAAGGGAUGGAGGCCAGGCCGAGAGCGGGACUAUUUGUGCAGGAGUAGGAGCGAGGCGACGGCGAGGUAGAGGCGUGGCGGGUUUGCACCGCGUGCGUGUCGCAGGAUGUUGAGAAGAGCAGACCAUGACGCUUU